CAGAGAUUUCAUCAUUCUCUCUGGCUGCGUGGCUCCAUGCGUGAAUGCUCCUCCGCGGCUCCGCAUCGGCUCUGCUGACGACCAGCGCUCUCAUCCCCUCCCUCUGCACCGUCUCUGCGCUCCGUCUGGGUCGGAAGUCACCCGGAAUCAGGCCGUUUUCAGUGUCGGCUCGCCGGUGUAAGAAGAGGACGAGGAGCCCGUGGCUGCAGCAGCGGUCGGAGAGACAAACCAUGGACGGAAACAUGGAGGAGAUCCUCGCUCCUCUCAGGCUGGCUGUCAAAGAGCAGGGGGAUCUGGUGCGCCAGAUGAAACAGAGUGGAGCUCCAGAUGUGGACGUCACCAGAGCUGUGGCUGAACUGAAAGCAAGGAAGAGGACUCUGGAGGCCAAGGAACUGUCAUUGCAACCCAAUGAUGACAUUGUUGACAGAACCAAGAUGGAGGAUACCCUCAAGAGGAGAUUCUUCUACGACCAGGCCUUUGCCAUCUAUGGAGGUGUGAGCGGCCUGUACGACUUCGGCCCCGUGGGCUGCGCCCUGAAGAACAACAUCCUGCAGGCCUGGAGGCAGCACUUCAUCCAGGAGGAGCAGAUUCUGGAGAUCGACUGCACCAUGCUGACCCCUGAACCCGUCCUCAAGACCUCAGGGCAUGUGGAAAAAUUUGCAGACUACAUGGUAAAAGAUGUCAAGAAUGGUGAAUGCUUCAGGGCCGACCACCUCCUCAAAGCUCAUCUCCAGAAGCUGAUGUCUGACAAGAAGUGCAGCGCAGAGAAGAAGACCGAGAUGGAGAGUGUUGUCACUCAGUUGGACAACAACACCCAACAAGAGCUGGCCGACCUCUUUGUGAAAUACAACGUCAAGUCCCCGACCACCGGAAAUGAUCUCACAGCUCCCAUCUCCUUCAACCUGAUGUUCCAGACGUCCAUUGGACCAGGGGGGAAUAUGCCAGGCUAUUUGAGGCCUGAAACUGCUCAGGGAAUCUUCCUCAAUUUCAAACGUCUUCUUGAAUUCAACCAGGGAAGACUACCUUUUGCUGCUGCUCAGAUAGGAAACUCUUUCAGGAACGAAAUCUCUCCUCGCUCUGGACUCAUUCGUGUUAGGGAAUUCACCAUGGCCGAGAUUGAGCACUUUGUAGACCCAAACGAAAAAGUCCAUCCUAAAUUUUCCAAUGUCGCUGACUUGGACAUCACGUUGUACUCCUCCAAAGCCCAGACCAGUGGCCAGUCUGCACAAAUCAUGCGGCUGGGAGAAGCUGUGGAGCAGGGAGUGAUCAAUAACUCCGUCCUGGGAUACUUCAUUGGGAGGAUCUACCUCUACCUUACUAAAGUGGGUAUUGCCAAAGACAAGCUACGUUUCAGACAGCACAUGGACAACGAGAUGGCUCACUACGCCUGUGACUGCUGGGACGCCGAAACCAAAACCUCCUAUGGCUGGAUUGAGAUCGUGGGCUGUGCUGACCGGUCCUGCUAUGAUCUGCAGUGCCACGCGCGAGCCACCAAGGUCCCUCUGGCUGCUGAGAAACCUCUGAAAGAACCCAAAGUCGUGAAUGUUGUGCAGUUCGAACCCAACAAGGGAGCCAUUGGGAAAGCAUACAAGAAGGAUGCAAAGAUAGCCAUGGAGUAUCUUUCUGUGUGCGACGAAUGCUUCAUCACCGAGCAGGAGCAGCUGCUCAAUGACAACGGAGAGUUCACCAUCGAGACGGAUGGCAAGACGUUCAAACUCACGAAGGACAUGGUCAGCGUGAAGCGGUUCCAGAAGACGCUGCACGUGGAGGAGGUUGUUCCCAACGUAAUCGAGCCGUCGUUCGGCAUCGGCAGGAUCAUGUACACCAUCUUUGAACACACAUUCCACGUCAGAGAAGGAGACGAACAAAGAACGUACUUCAGCUUUCCCGCUACCGUAGCUCCAUACAAAUGUUCCGUCCUGCCUCUGAGCCAAAAUCAGGAAUUCAUACCUUUUGUGAAGGAAUUGUCCGAGACAAUGACCAAAAACGGCGUGUCUCACAAGGUGGACGACUCCUCGGGAUCCAUCGGGAGGCGCUACGCCCGGACGGAUGAGAUCGGCGUGGCGUUUGGCAUCACCAUCGACUUCGACACAGUGAACAAGACGCCUCACACGGCCACGCUGAGGGACCGAGACUCCAUGAGGCAAAUCAGAGCCGAGGUCAGUGAGCUGCCAUUGAUCGUCCGGGAUCUGGCCAACGGCGUGACGACCUGGGCCGAAGUGGAGAGCAAGUACCCCAUAUUCGAGGGACAGGAGACCAGCAAGAGGGAGGCGGUCGAAGAGUAAAGAUCGCUUCAUCUGCAAAAGUCGCUUCAAAAUCCAGUCUCGAUGCAAAACCCACCACCAGGAAGGAGUUGCAGCUGUGUUGUUAUGAACUACCGCGGCGCUCUCAGCCUGGCCUCUGUUUUAGAUCACCGCAGUCACUCAAAUGUCAUGUAUUUAUCAUGUCAAAACAAUUCUGAAGAAUUCACAUGACUUAAUGAGCAACAUUGCACCCAUGUAUGACUAUUUCAGAUAUUUCAAAAGGGAUAAAAUGUUAUGACAUUGUCAAUGGAAGGAGAAGUCCGUCUGUUCCAGUUUUUGGGUGGAUUGGGUUGCAAUAUUAGUUUCAAUAAAAGCAGCCGGCACUCACUGGA